AUGGCAUCCAAAGUUAAUGAUAGAAUGAAGAAAAUACUUAGUUGUCUUAAGGACAAUAAGCCCUUAGAGUCACAUAUAAAAGAAUAUGUCUCUCAACUAAGUAUUUUUUUCGAUACUUUCAAGAAAAAGGAAAAUGUUAAGGAUUUGGUCUCUGUAGUUAAUACUUUCAAAGAUUUCUUGCAACUAGAGAUCGUGAAACAGGUUUCGGCAUCGGAUUAUGACCAAUUUUUGAUCCUUUGUUCGGAAUUUUUCAAAGAUACUACACCGAUGGAGCAAUUUAAGCUUGUUGAGCCCUAUCUUUUAUCGGUGUUUACCUAUAGCUAUGUUGUUCGAUUAAAUAAAUCAAAGACCGAUGCAAUGAACCUCAAUGUUUUCGACUUUAUCGGAAAUCCGGACAACAUUAACCGAGACAUUUACGCAAUAUUUUUGAAAGCAUGUAUAGAACUCGAUGAUCAGCAAUUUGCACUUUACUUUAGUGAUUUUAGUAAAGCAGCUGAUACGAAUACCGAGUUAUUAAAUGAAUUCAAAACUCAAUAUCCAAAAGUCAUCCCGAAUAUUCAAAUUACUCAAACUACGAUUCAUAAUGCUCUCUUCAUCUUCCUUGAUUUAUUUGUUCCUGCCAUUCCAACUCAAUCGAGUUUUGGCAGGAUACGUAUCAUCUGGAACAAGCUCGACCACAAUCGCGUGAAUUAUUUCAUCAGGCAGUUCCAAGAGCACGCAGAGAGAACUCAAUGCGAAUAUUACAGUUAUUUUUAUUUAAUGUUCCUUUUAGAUAUGAAAAUUACGGAUGUAUCCAAAUGGAAGGAUGCAUUUGAAUCAUGCCGGACUAUUGCUCCUUUCUAUUUCGGUAAGUUUAUUGGAAUUUUAUACUUCAAAGACUUGUUUGAUAUUAGCUACGACCAUAUCUUCCACAUGGUUGAGAAUGAGGCUCAAAUUUCAAAGACACUUUCGCCACGCCGCGUCGAAUUUGUUAAGAAAUUUAAGAAUUUUAUUUCAAAUCCAUUCAAAUCGGCAAUGGAAUUACAAGUAACCAGUAUCGAUCACAAACUUAUCGAUUUUGAUAGCGGUGUUUCCAAAUCUACAUUCAAACCAGAGAUUUUCAAAGCAUUAUGUGGUACUCAUUACGAACCAUUCUUAAUCGGAUUCUUAAGUGUCUCUCAUUACCUUCUAAACAUUAUUCCGCCAAUGCCACAUAAGCCACUUUCCUCAAUUUUCCAGUUAACUUUACCUCCUUUAUUUAAUUCGAUUUCUAACAACGCGCACUCCGAUUUCAAAGAACAAUUCUUAUCUACAGCCAUUGCUAUCUUCAACGAUCCAACAAUAUACAGGGUUGUCGAACCAAAAAUUUUCGAAAUUUAUAUCGAAUCUUUACUCGUUAAUCUUUUCCACAACGAGAGCAGUAUCAAGAGGCUUGCACUCGAAGGUGCAUGUAACUGCAUCAGAUUGGCUCAGCCUGGCUUCCAACUCUUAGUACAGCCAUUUUUAUUUUUAGUAAAACCACAUUCAGCGAAAAAGUCCUCUUCCAAGUCCUCCAAGUUGGAUACGAGUAAUAAGAGACGCAGCAAUGCAUUCCUUAUGCUCGAAAAGAGGAUGAAUAUGAAGGAACAGCAGUUUGAUGGAAAGUUUUACGCAUUUGUAUCUUUGGCAUCAAUGAAUUGCAAAGGAGAUAGAGAGAAAGCGUUGCAGAUCCUUGAUUCUAAGCUUACAAAGGAUCAAAGUAAUAUUUUGGAAUUCAAGAAAUUCAAAGAAUCUUCGAAAAUUGAUUUGGUCCAUGUUGUCCUUAGAUGUUUCGAGAAGGUCAAUACUCAAUACCUUAAUAACGCCUUCUCCUGCAUCGUUCAGAUCAUUUUGGAGUACGCUGUUCAAAAUAUUGAUACAUCGGAAUUGGAAGAAGCUCUUAUCAAUAGAUUUGACUCUUAUGAUAAUGAUAUCUAUCAAAUGUUACCUUCAAUGUGUAAUUUCGAUUCAGUAAUUCCGAAUUUGCUCACUCGAUUAUUAGAAAAAUUAAUUGAGAAGGAUGCAGUUCAGCAUUCAGAUAUAAUCGCUCAUGUACUUCUUAAUGUAACAUCAAUCAACCUUGGAAAACAGCUGAAAAUGUUUGUAAACAAAAUUAAAAAUGAGACAACUCAAGAUUGCAAACAAUGCAUCGCAGAUUUGUUGGCUAACUACAAGAGGUAUCCUUAUAUGAAUGGAAUUAGCCUUGCUGAUUCAACAAUUCCUCCAAUUUUAGAAAAAUCUAAGUCAUCUUACUGUUUUACAACAAACAAGAACAGUAUUAUAACUGGUCGUACAGAGAAAGAUCAUUCUAUCAUUACAAGUUUCCAAGUCAGUGCCAAAUCUUCCUUCAAAGUUCAAUCACAACCUUGUGAGGAAUACCAAUACCAGAGUGACCUUACAUGUGACUUGGAAAAGCCAGAAAUACCUGAUUUUUACGACGUUGAUCUUGUUUCUCCAAUCAAAGUUAAUAUUGACAAAUUCAUGAGCAAACACCAGGCAGAACCAAUUACCAUCCCAUGUGUUGAGGAUAAGAGCUGCAAGGAGAAGUACGAAGAUGUUAAUAUUGACGCAUUUGACGCAAUGCAAGAAUUAUCAAUGAUAAAGAACGGAAAUCUCCUUCCGAACACAAACAACAUGCCUGGACUUAUCAAUUCCGUAUACUCUUGGCCAAGUCGCUAUACUCAUAAGAUCGGAGUUGUUUAUGUCACUCAAAACAUCCGAAAUCAAAAGGACGUACUCGCUUUGGAUGCCGGAUCCCAGAAAUUCUAUGAUUUCCUCAAAGAUUUUGGUUACCACAUUGAUAUUAACUGUCAUCUCGGAUAUACUGGUGGUCUUGACACAUUUCAUAAUACGACAGGACCGUCAUCGAUAUAUCAUGCAGAUGCAACCAAUGAAACGAUGUUCCACGUUUCAACGCUCAUGAAAUCUUCAAAUGACGAUCAGAACGUUUACAAGAAGCGCCAUAUUGGCAAUGAUAAUGUUCACGUCAUAUUUACUGAAGAUUGUCAAUUGUAUGACCAUGAAAUGAUUGUUUCCCAGUUUAAUCAUGCUCAUAUCAUUUUGUAUCCGCGAUCUGACAGAUUCACUGUUAUGAAUUCGAUGAGAAAAGAUAAUGUUGCCUUUUAUGGAUUAAUUUGUGGAGCAGUUAUCCAUAGAAAUGAAAUUAUUUCCCCAUUGGCAAGAACUACUGCCAUUGAAGCUGAUAGAGUUGCUAGAAGAGAUCUUGUUGUUAAACAUGGAGUCCCAGAAUUAUUGGCUCAUCAAAUUAUUCCACUUGCUCUCCCUGAAGAGCAAACAGUGGACAAAUUAGAGUCCAACAUGAUCUAA